AUGACGAUCUCCGCGACAUGUGCCGCCUAUGUGUACAUCAGCGUGCCGAAGAACAAGGCCACCGCCGCGCUAGACUCACUCUUCGUGUCCCACCCGCUCGAGGACCUCAUGCCACCGGCCGUUAUUGCGAGCUCUGUGAAGAACGCUUCCCGCUGGACUCCUUCCGCACUUCGGGGAGUGAAAAUCUUCAAGCGCGAUGUCGCCGUUGUCGAAGUCGCGAACGUUGCGACAGAGCUGCUACAAGAUCAAGAAGAGAUCCAAAUUCCAGCGACCACCUGGGCAAGAGGCACAGGUGAAGCCGCCUCUCGGCAACGGCGUCGGGAGCGGGCCGAUGCCCAGGGAAUGCAUUUCUGCACCUCAGGCGCCCACAACGUUACCGAUGCUGAACGUACCGAGGAUGGUCGUGUGUACGCCAAUUGCAAUGCAUGCCGUGCGCGUCGCCGUGCCAAAUAUGCUGCUAUGCAUGCUGAAGGCAAUGUCGACGUCGAGUUGGGCGAGGAUGCAGCUGGAGAUGAUGCUGCCGAGGGUGUUGCGCAAACUCCUGAUGAUGAAUUUGAUGAGUUUUUCGGAAAUGGGGCCGAGUUUAUGGACAUCGACCUGCCGGAGGAUAGUGCCCUUUCGGCUCGAGAGGCUGCUGCAAUUGCCAAGAUGAAUGCCGAGUUGGCAGCACUGUCUAUUAGCCGCUGUUCUGGGUGUCGCGAGGAGGGCUUUGAUGUGAAGCUCAAGACGGCCACACUCUGUAGCCGGUGCGAUAGAGAUGAGGGUGACAUCCGCAAGUGGUCUGAUGAGAACAAUACAAACCCGAGUAUGUUGUGGCUUUUCACAGUUGUCGUGUUGCUGAAGGAGAAUUAG